ACGUGACUGCAGACAUUGCACAUGGGUUGAGCAAGGUCUUCUGCCCUGGCUGUUAUCUGCGCGGAGAAACUCUUUUGGGAGGCGUUGUAGGAUCUCGUUCUCGUCCCCUUAGUUUAUAAGCGACAUUAGGGUUACAUCAUUGGGAGCUGAUACAGGCUCCUCUUUACCAUGCCCGCAGGAGUGUCUUGGCCUAGCUACCUGAAAAUGUUCACUGCAAGUUUGUUGGCUAUGUUUGCUGGAGCAGAAGUUGUCCAUAGGUAUUACAGGCCUGAUCUUACAAUACCUGAAAUUCCUCCCAAACCUGGAGAACUCAGAACAGAACUCUUAGGUCUUAAAAGAAGAAAUGACGAAGCUCAGUCCUCACACCACUGAUCAUGUCAUCCCUCCAUGAACUGCUCUUUUGGUGUUAUUUAUGAUUGAAUUUUUGGAAAAAAAUGUUGAUUCUGGUACCAUUCAAGUACACUUAUUUUAUACUGGGUGCCUGUUUUCUAUGAAGUCCAAAUUCUGCUAUGUUUGUCACCCAUUUAGCACAAAAUAAUCAUCUGUUCCUCUAACCCUCUCUGUAUAUAUGUUCAACAGUGUUCAGUCAUGAUCACUUCUGGGAAUCACCUGGCUGGCUUUCUUCACUCUUCCAUUGUGGGGGCUUCCUGUGGAAUAUUAAUUUAACAUUGUGCCACAAAUGUUGCUAACCCAGUCCAAGCUUCCAUUGCUUGGGUGGGUAACUGUGGUUACUUUCAUUUUUUUCACCUUUAAAAAAUUGAUAAAAUUAGUUUGCAAAAGGGAA